UGGCUCACAUGAUGCGCGCGCUCAGCUGUUGUUUACCGACAAAUGCGUGUCAAAGAAACUAAACGAAACAUUGCAAGGCAGAUUGGAUUGUGCGCUCCAUUAUUAUCGAAAAAAAAAUCCUCAACGCUAUGGAGACUCACAAUAACAGUAACAAUAAUAAUAACAACAACAAUAAUAACAACAGUCACCCAUUAAAUAUAACUGUUAAUUAAUCCAAGAGUGUAUAACACCAUAAACCAGCCAAUAAUUAUAAUAAAAAAAAAAAUAAUAAUAAUAAUAAUUACAAUAAUAAGAGUAACAACAACAAAAACAUAAACCUGAAUGUGUGGUCAGUAAAAUAAUAAAAAAUAUAAAUCGAUGGGGAAAGUUAUUAGAAGCAGGUCAACGAUGAUAUUAAAUAUUAAAGGAACGAGUAACUGACCUGACUUUCCUUAAAAAAAUAAUAAAAGGAUCUAGAGGAACAACGCAUGCUACGUUAUUUUAUAACGCAUUGAGGUUAACGUUUCACGUUUGGCCAAAGGGACACUAAGGGUGCACUAUGAACGCAAGGACUCAGUUGUUUGAACUAAGCAUGGAGGGUCGUCAAGUUGAUGAAGCGGUCGCAAGUAUAUUUCAUAGUGUGUUAUUCCAUCGUAGUCUUGGUAAAUUUAAAUAUAAACAAGAAGGAAGUUACUCUGUGGGUACCCUGGGUUAUCAGGAUGUUGAUUGUGAUUUUAUUGAUUUUACAUACGUGUGUUGCUCAUCUGUCCAUCUUGACCAGACGUUAAAAAGAGAAAUUUCUGGUUUUUCGGAAGCGUUGAGAUCAACAGACAGUCCGGGUUCGGGACAAAUAUCACUAGAAUUUUUUCAAAAGAAAAAAAAUCGUUGGCCUUUUCAACCUGAGUGUAUACCGUGGGAAGUAUGGACUGUUAGACUAGAACUUAUUAAAUUAGCAACUGAACAUGAAAGACAAAUAUGCCGUGAAAAAGUUGGUGAUUUAUUGACAGAUAAAAUAUUAUAUAUUACUGAAGUUAUGAAUCGUCAUGAUUAUUUACCGAAAAUGCCGAAUCAAGCUGAGUUAGAUCUCAUUUUUGAUACCUCAUAUCCUGAUGUUCAGCCUUAUUUAUUUAAAUUGUCUUUUACUACAUCCGGUCCACCGAGCACGACCAUGGGUAACACCAUGAAAAAACUCAUUAAGGAAACUCUAGCUAUUUAGUUAUAUAUUAAUUAUUAUUUAUUAUUAUUAUCAUUAUUAUAAUUAUUUUGAAUACGUUGUUACGUUUUUUUUAACGUCCACAUUAUUACGAUUUAGUGUCAAAUUAUGACAUAUAUUUUUUAUCAUAAAUUGGUGUGCAUUAAAUAAUUAUAAAUAAUAAUAAUAAUAAAUAAUAAAAUUAUUCUCAAUAUCCAACAGUCGUUAAAAAAACGAUAAAUCGUGUAUAUUUAUCAACUGGUUAGUACAAAUAAUAUAUAAAUAUAUGAAUUGCUUAAUUGUACUUGUUUUAAUGCCGAUUGCAUAGAAUACAGCAGAAUAAUUAAUUUUUUUUUAAUUUAACGAAACAUUAUUAAUAAUUAUAUCGUAGUUGUCUUCAUAUAUGUCGAAUUAAUAUUAAUAUAUAUUUAUAGAUCGACGGGUUGUGUAUUUUAAAUAAAAAAUGCGGAUUUUUACGGAUAAGUAGAGGAAAAAAAAAGAUUGAGAUAAAAUAUCAGUGUAAUAAUUUUAUUUUGUCAAAUGUUUGUUAACCGGAAGUACUUUGUUUAAAUCUAAAGUAAAUAUAAUUCAGAAAAUUGUAUUGUAUCCACUCAAGGAUAAAUGGAAAGUUUAUAGUUAAACUUUGAGUUUGAGAAUAAAGAGAUAAAAGCCACGAGAAAUAUAUAUGUAUAAUAUAGUACCUAUAUAUGUACAUACAUACAAUAAUAUAUAUAUCUAUAUAUAUAUAUAUUUGAUUUUAAAUACAAAUACUAAUGUUCAAUAUAUCACGGAAAUAUUAGAAAAAAUAAUAAGUAAAGAUAAUAUAAUAAAUUGCGUGGAAUAUAAAUAAUAGUUAUAGUUUUACGUUAAUUAUAAUCAAACAAUUAAUUAUUUUAUUAAAUCAUUGUCAUAAAUUAUUAGUUUUAGGUAAUAGCGGCUGUUUUUAUAUGUAUGUUAAAGAGAUAUACGCAAGCUUAACGAUUAUUUAAUUAUAAU